AUGGAUUCACUUACGGCUUCGGAGCAAAGAGAGCUCCAGUCGCGCAUGGAGAGGAAGCAGAUGAAGGAAUUCAUGGGCAUGUUCUCCAAUCUCGUAACCCACUGCUUCGACUCCUGUGUCGACGACUUCACUACCAAAUCCCUCGUCCAGCGCGAAACCGGCUGCGUAUCGCGAUGCGUCAAGAAGUUCAUGGCCGGUAGUGAGAGGAUCGGUACAAGGUUCCAGGAACAGCAGGCACAGAUGAUGAACCAACCACCACCCGGGAGAUAG